AUGAUCUGCGAGGCUUCCACGGCGUUCGGCUCCAACCUGUUCACCAUGUGGGUGGUCCUGACCAUCCUCGGCCUCACGUCUUGCUUGGGGAUGUCUGCGGUGGCCUUCAAGUUCCUCUACUGGAACCCAAGCUACGAGAUCUGGCGGUACAAGUGCAACCCAAAGUACCCCAAGCCGGAGCACGUGCGAACAGAGAUCCUCCUGACCAUCAAGUGCAUCUCCCUCUCGACGAUGCUGCCCGCACUGUCGCUGUACUUGGCAGCCCAGGGCAAGAGCCAGGCCUUCUGUGGAUGGGGCGACCGGUCCUUUUUGUGGCACCUCGGCUCGUUCAUUGCCCUCGUC